UGAGCCGCUUCAGUUCUACUGAAGCCGCGGUGACGCGCGGUUCGCGCUCUGUUUACCUGUCGUUUGAAAACACGUGAACCGUGACCACGUGGAUCUGUGUGGGUGACACAGCGGCACGAAUUGACGCGGUGAGUUUCGGAAAGUGGUGUAUUACUAUUUUGUGCGGAUCUCGACAACCGUGGACACGAAAACAACCGUCAACCUGGAGCCCACGUGCCAGAAACGACGGAAAUGUGAGGCCGACGGAAAGGAGGCGAAGGCAGAGCUGGCACAACGCAAUAUGUUCCCUAGCGCUCAAAUUAAAAUGAGAUUGCUGUCGCCAAGCAGUUCGCCGGCCACGUCGCCCACAAUGUCGAAUUCCUCGUCGCCGACGCCACCGACGCCGGCUGCACCGGCGUACAACCAGAAGAUGACCGGGAUACCGUGCGUGGCGGCCGCAUCCAGGUACACGGCGCCGGUCCACAUCGACGUAGGCGGCACCAUAUACACGUCCUCUCUCGAAACGUUAACCAAGUACCCGGAAUCGAGGCUAGCGAAAUUAUUCAAUGGCAGUAUCCCGAUCGUUUUGGACUCUUUGAAGCAGCACUACUUCAUCGACAGGGACGGAGGUAUGUUCAGACACAUCUUGAACUUCAUGAGGAAUUCCCGUCUACUGAUACCGGACAAUUUCGCCGAUUUGGAUCUGUUACUCGAGGAAGCGCGAUACUUUGACAUCGCACCGAUGUGCAGGCAGUUGGAACAAAUGAAGAAGGAGCGUAUAAAAAACGGUUCUACGACGACGACGACGAUGUCAUCCUCCUCCCCGAGUCCUCCGCCGACAAACCAACAGGGUGCUCGUGGUACCAGUUGCACCAGCGUGCCCUGUAACCGGGAUUCCGAGAAGAUCCGCGGCAACGAGGCGAAUUGUAGCUACGAGUGCGUUGCUCUUCAUGUCAGUCCCGAUUUAGGGGAAAGGGUGAUGCUGUCCGGUGGUCGCGCGUUGCUCGACGAGGUGUUCCCGGAAACGACCCAGGCGGUGAUCGACGCCAGGUCGGGUGUUGCUUGGCAUCAACAGGACACUCGUCACGUGAUCAGGUUCCCGUUAAACGGCUACUGCAAACUGAAUUCCGUUCAGGCCAUCACCAGGCUUCUGAACGCCGGUUUCCGUGUAGUGGCCAGCAAUGGAGGCGGUGUAGAGGGUCAACAAUUCUCGGAGUACCUAUUCGUUCGACAGGCCGUCAACACCUGACGGAACAACGCGCACCAGCGCAAAACGAGCUCGAGGACGAUCCGUUGUCUUCAACGGGAACACGAUCCCGAGUGAGUUGUCCAGGAGAACCCUUCAAGACUGCCUCGCGAACGAUCGUGGAUCCAGGAUGUUCCGAGUAAUGGAGCUAGCCAUGGUGUUGUAGUACCAGCUUCCUUGGAAGAUCUCGAGAGAUGCAGUAGAAUUUUAUUUAUUCAAACGUCCAGAGGGAUAAGAUGGUUUGAAUAACUGGGAUGUUGAGACGGUGGAAAGAGUUGAUGUACUUGUUAUUAGUAGAGACUUCCGGGUGGUUAUACUUGGAGAAUUAUUCUGAUGUUUCGUUGAUAUUACCGUUAGAUUCAUCAGGGGUGAUAUUGAUAUUGUACUAGUAAUUCGUAAUCGAACUCCACUGAUACUUUCUUCAAAUUAUAUUUUAACAAAUCCAACUUUCUUUGCUCGAGUCUUAUGCAGUCCGAGUUCUCGUAAUUCGACUACGUAUAAGGUUACAGAGUUACGAUCAGCAAAAUUACCGUUAAAAUCGUUGCAGUAUAUUUUUAUGAAAAUCAGCCCGAGGAACAUAAUUUUCUGGAUAAUGUGUCGUGGAACGGUUAUUAAGCUCGUGACCCACUUAUACAUAUAAGAACUCUUUAUUAAAUAAGGUGUACCUAUAUGUAUUUAAAUGCCAUACUAAUUACUGUAAAUACCGCGAAUAAACGUGUAUCUAUAUCUAUAUAUAUAUGAUAUAUAUAAAUAUAAAUAUUCUAUGUACUUAAACGCAUUCGACAACGAAACAACUCGCGUUGAUCUCAUCGACUAAAAUGCUGUGUUUCUAACGAACUAACAAAAUACACUUAGAAAAGGAACUGUACGUAUACUCGCCGAGGUCUUUCGGCUUCGGCUUCACGUCGACUAUCCCGGUUAUUACGCGUUUAAAAAAACAGAGGGAAAAUAGUUUCUAAUUAAUAAGACACUUGCUACGUUAAGUAUCCCGUUCAAUAAAACGUUUAUUACUUGAAACCGUGGAAACGAUGGUUACGCCAAUUUUGAACCCAUACCAAGUCCCCUUCCGCCAAGCAAAUUAGCAUUAAAUUUCCAAAUUAACCGGCAAAACGAAAUUGAAUAAAGCCAGGGUCGCUCGAACAACGUUUCAAGAUUAUUACAAAUUGAUUCUCCCAGUAUGAAAGAGAAAAACAAUCCCGCGGGAAUGACGGGAUUCGAUUGAAUUUCAAAAGGAAAAAAUAAAAUCUACCGGUGCAACGAGAUGCAUUCAAAUCAUUUAAUCGAACAAUGCAGCAGCCGUAACGUGCCGAUAUAAAAAUUUGAUAGCCUUUGAACGAAUUACACGGAAUCUGCAUUUAACUUUUCCUGCCGACUGCAAAACUGCAACUCGUGCAUCUCGUGCGAUGACCUUUCGCUCUGCUGGCUUUCGUAAUCGCAUAUUUCAAUCUCACAUACGUUCCACAGAGUGUAUGCAUUCUUUCUAGAACAGAGAUGUAAAAAAAUAGGGACAAAAGUCAUCUGGGCUCUUUCUAUGGUAAUACGUUGAAAAGGAGUGUAUAGUUCUUUUAAAUAUAUAAAACUCUUUCGUUUAACAAUUGCUCGCGAAAUACUUAAAUCCAUCACUGUUGUUGACCGAUUCGUGUACAUCAACGGGUGAAUCUCCCUUUUCGCAGAAUUUAAAAGAUUUGCAGGGUUAAUUAGCAAGGUAGAGAAAAGGGAGAACACAUAAUAACCAAUCUGAUGAUUUUAUAAGGUCCGAAACAAUAGAACCUUUUCGUAACAGGUCGAAGAGAAAAAGAGGAGAUAAUAUGUGAGAAGAAACAAGGGGUAGAGGGUGGAGGAGUAAAAGAGAAGGAAAGAGCUCGGAACCGCGUUGAUCACGUAACCGCGGGAAUAAGGGAUAAAGCGCACAAACGUCAUUGCCUCAGGCCCCGUUUCCAUGGUUACCGUGAACUCAAUAUCCGCGAUGCCCGGGGGUAGCAAAAGCCGCGGGCUGUCAUCCCUCGAACCUGCCGAGCGGGAAAGCCCGACGCUCCGCUUCGACCGUCUCUCCAUUUCUCUGCUCCUCUCUGUUUCUAUACCCUUCUAUUCUAUCCCUCUCUUUAUCUUUUCAUCCAUUCUACCGUAUUGUUACUGUCAUUUUUCUUUACAACCCUCAUGUUCUCUCUACAACCCCCUUUUUGUUUCUCUCCACAAUUCUCUUCUUCUUGAUAUUUUUUUUUUUCUAUUUAUAUGUAAAUCUAUUUUUCUUUGCCAUUUUCUGUAUAAUUAUUCUCUUCACCUCGAUGUUUAUUUUCUCAUCCCCUUCCUGGUCUUCGAAAUUCCGUAUUCUUCUUCGCUUUUCAUCGAUUCCAUCUUUGCAACAACCCUUUCUUCUUCGCUUUUCAAUACCUCGUCGUCUUUCUGUUCUUCGUCUAUGAACCCUCUUCCAUCUUUCUCUUACGAGCUAUUGCACAUUUUACCUUCCAACCCCCCAGGGUUCUCGGUCUCUGUCGAGCUACGGCUUGAUUAUAUUCCAUUUCUGGAUCGCCCGAGGGCCACCUCAGUCCCAGGUCCUUCAAUACACGACACCAGGCGAAGUAGCCUUUGGCGUCAACAGGGAAGACAGGCUUGAAAUUCGAGGAUACGCUACCAUUGUCCGUACGAAGGCUUGAUGAACGAUAUUUUCCACUAGACAAUCCUCGGAAAACUCGCAGACGUUUGCAAUUUUGCAAAAACGAAUUUUCUUUUCUUUUUAUUAUACAUAUUUUAUUCAAAAAGUGUUGCACUCAAUUAAUAUCAUCUGUUCUAUUUUUUAACGAGUCUUUGUGUGAAAUUAAAAAAUUUCAAGAACUUAAAUCAAACCUACACGUAACCAGGACGUCUUUGGAAGGGGGACUGAACAUGAUUCAUAAAGCAAGUACCGUUUAUGCGAUUGCGAUAAGAGACCAAUCGUAAAGCGAGUAUACUGAUACUCGAGUAAAUAGUUCAAGAGCAUCUUUAAAUAGAACAUGUUAGGGACCGUCUAGAAGAACAGUUUAUGAUACGCAAUCGGAACAAGGCACCAUUUCACGUAUUUGCAUUAUAUAAUCUACAUUUUAUAUUUUUUUCUUCUAAGUUUUAUUUCUUUAUAAUAUAUAUAAUAAUUCGUUCCACGUAAAAAUACAAGGCAAAAAAAGAAAUAAUCUUUAUUCAAAUAUAUUUAGUAUUUUUUAUCAUUUAAUUUUGCGAAUACAUUAACAGCCCGAAACUUUAUAAAUUUCAUCCCUCUCGCGAGAAACUAUAAAGAAGACGAAAAUAGAACUCGAUUCCUACCAAAAGAAAAUAGACGCAUGAUGGUACAAAAAUCGCAACUUUCUUUCUUUUCCUUUUAAUUCUAAAACAAAAACUAAGAGUAAAGAAUUCGGGCUAUCUCUUUGGUGAAACUUAUUCUCGUGUUUUUUUUCUUUUUCUUUUUUUUUAUUAUCCUCUGGCUUACGACUUAUCCAAUUACAAUUUGUAAAAAUAUCAUAGAUGCUGUACCAAAACUGCUAUGUACCUUUAGUUUCUUUACAUUCCUCUAUUUUUAUAUUAUUUAUAUUAAUAAUUUCCACUUAGUGGCAGUAAGGAGAACGUUAUCAUCUAACUUCGGAAACUUGCGGUCUUAUUAGUAAAUUUUUUUUCUUUUUCUCAUCGAAUCCCGUAUAAAAAAGAAACGACGCGAUCAUUGCAAAGAGGAACACGCAGCUAAGAAAAAACCUUAUCCUUUUCAUUCUCUCGUUUUUUCCUUUACAUUGUGAAGUGCGCGGCCAAAAAUGGUAUGGUACAUGUAAACGUUAUUUAUGUGCCAUUCCCGAUAAAAAGUAUAGUUAGCGACUGAAAAACGAAUUAUUUACAUGUAUGUACUCGGAACAACUUUGCUUCAACGAUCCGCUUCUUCUUUCUUUUUCUUUUUUUUUUUUUUUUAAUUUUCAGUGCUCUUUC